UCGACGAAACGAGACGCGCAUUCGAUACCGCUUCCUUUUCUUUCUCGCGUUACAACGCUACGCAUAACUCGUCGAUGAAAAACUUGAGACAUUCACAAGCUAUCGCGAGCACGACAAUUGUAUCGUGUGACCAAACAUGCAUUGGAUGCACCGAUGGUAGGGAUAUCUGUCCGGUAUAAAUGAAGUAUUCCCAUUCGAUUGUUCGUCUGUUUCGCACGAUUCAACUAAGCUUGUAUCGAUUUCGACCAACGAAACAUCGUGAAACCGCAAUGGAUCGUUUCCUGCCCUUCGUCCUGUUGUUCAUCGUUUUACGGUUUACAAUGCAAGAAGUCGUUGAAGAGGGAGGUUGCAAAUGCGCCGUGUUUUCCAGGCAAAUAUCAAAACCAAUCAUUGAACGCGCUCUUCUGUAUAAUGUCACGUGCGAUAGCGAAGGGCAGGAGAAGUGUCAACAGUUGUGCGUUGCUCUGGCCGAGAGCGCGAGAGACCAAGCACCGCAAAUGAUUUGCGAAAAAUUAAAUACGCACGUGGAGAACCUGCACGUGGCAGUAUACGCGAAAGUGUGUGACGCGACCAGCUGGAAAUUCACUGGUUUGAAAGCUGCGGAUCCAAUUUGUUGCCACGAGGGGAAAAGUACAGCUUGCGAAGAACCACUCCCGGUGAUCGAAAGUUAAAUGAAUCCAUUGGAGAUUAUUUCGUAAUGCGUUGGUUAGUCCGUUGUGAAAUUUUAUUUAAUCAUUUGCGAAACAUUUAUUAUUUUAUCGCUAAUUAAUAAUCCAGUUCGUUGUUGUAGGAGCAUACAUAAAUGUUUAAUUGUUAUUAAUCGAAUUAUGGAAAUAAAGUCGAAAGCUAGAUAUAAAUUAAA